AUGAGCACGGGUGAUGGAACGAUCGGGGGUCACCAGAAGGUGGAUGACCGUCUUGGCCACCAUCAGUCAAUGAGCCAAAUGCUCUACGGUGCUGGACUGGGUCCUGGUCGAUCAGGUUCAUCGUCAUCUUCACCAGUAGGUGGUACCAAUACUGGGAGUGGGCUGCUCGUCGUUCCCCAACCAUUGGGCAAAGGCCCGACGAAACUGCAGCCGCUUCACGCCCACGCGAGAAAGUACCACUGCAAAAUGUGUCCUCAGCCCUUUGAUGUUCAUCCAACUUAUCAGAUGGAAAGUGACUUGAGACACGACUAUCCAAGAGAAACUUAUGAAUUCUACUCCUCAGGAUUAUAA